AUCUUUUUUCUUUUCAAUAUUUCACACACCUCCGAAAUUGCAAAAAACAAUGGCGCCUUAAACCCUUUAUAGUUGGCAUUUUCUCACUAAAAUCACACACUCCACCAUGAACCCUAGACCUAUGCUCAAGCUUUCUCACUUCCUCAAUUCCGGGAACAAGUUGUUUCAACGUCGGUUACGUGGGGAAAAUGCCGGAAAUUGUUAUAAUUUGAUGUCAUCUGCUGGCUUUUCUACUGCCAGACAAAGUUAUGGUGCUGAGGGGAGAACUUCUAGCCGUAUAUUUGCAGAUUAUUCAAUUUUCAAGGGCAAAGCUGCACUAUCUGCCGCCCCUGUUCUUCCUACUUUUAGUAAAAUGGAUUCUGGUCAUACAAAAGUAGAUCGACGUGGCGUGAUUAUGCUGACAUUCCGACCUGCUAUUGGUGAACGCAAAUACGAUUCAGAAAAGAAACAGCUGUUUGCAUUGUCAGUGACAGAAGUUGGGUCCUUCAUAAGUUUGGGCCCUGGAGAUUCUUGUGAAUUCUACCAUGAUCCAUCGAUUCAGUCAAGGGAUGCAGGUCAAGUUAGGAAAAGCCUAUCAGUUAAGCCACAUGCAGAUGGUUAUUUCAUUUCUUUAAGUGUGACAAACAAUAUCUCGAAAAUUACUGAACGCUUUACGGUUCCUGUGACUACAGCUGAGUUUGCGGUUAUGCGGUCAGCUUUCAGUUUUGCUUUGCCUCACAUCAUGGGUUGGGCCCACAGCACCAACCCGCCCACAGACAGUGUCGGCAGGGAUUUUCCCAAGGUGCAUCCACAGCUAGCAGCAGCCUCAGAGUGGGAUAGAUGAAGCAUGCUUUUAUGAGGUUAAACUGUUUGGCAGAUGUUAAAAAGAUUAUUCUGAAGUUCCCGCAUUAAUUCGCUCUGGUUAGUGUGGGUACAUUGUCUAGAAAUCGUUGGACAUAAUGUGAUUUGGGUUGCGAGGGUUCGACUUCAAAUUGCACUUUUGAUUACCUUGAGGACCAAGUUAUUCCCUACUUUUUUGCAUGUAGUAUUGAAAAUGGUUCUAACCAUGUUAUGUGGUUACUAUGCUUGUUUUGUAUUUCUUUCAAGUGUUGGGUAUAAUGUGACCAAGUUAUUCCCCCACUA